AUGUCGUUUGAGUAUAUCAACAUAACAGAUCCGACGUGGUUCGCUACUCGUUUUCAAACGGGAGAAGAGGACUACGUUUUGGUGAAACCUAAAGAUUACUCCAAAGUUCCAAUCGAUAUCCCCAACUGGAGCCCACUGCCAUGCUGUACGACGAACCAGUUCAAACGAUACGAAAAUGAAUUGCUGAAUUUCGAAGUAAAGGCUGAUGACAUUUGGAUCGCAUCCUACCCGAAAAGUGGAACAACUUGGGUUCAGGAAAUGGUUUGGUUGAUCAGUAACGAUCUGGAUUUCAACACGGCACGUGCGACAGUCAUCCGAGACAGGUCACCCUUUUUGGAAGUCAGUACAAUUUUCGACAUUGGUGAAGAAUCGAGUUCAUUCGCGUAUACCACUGAAACGCCCAGUCCACGGCUGAUCAAAACACAUCUACCAGUGGCUCUGCUGCCGCCACAGAUUUGGAACGUGAAACCAAAAAUCGUCAACAUCCGCCGAAACCCGAAAUCGGUUGCCGUUUCGUACUAUCACCACUCGAACGAAUUCAAAGGUACCAAAGAAGCUUUCAUCCGAUCUUUCAUGAAAGAUUUGCAGCUUUAUUCGCCCUACCACCGGCACGUCAUCGAGUAUAACCAGUUGAAGAACUACGGUAACAUAUUGAACCUAUCCUUCGAGGAUAUGAAACGGGACUUGAAAGCGUCGGUGCUAAAGACUUGCGAUUUUCUCGGUUGGAGCUACGCGGACGCCAAGAUUGACGAGCUUUGCCGGCAUCUGUCGUUUGAAAAUAUGGCCAAAAAUCUGGCGGUCAAUUACGAGGACGUGUUUCCGAACGAAAAGUUCAUCCGCGAAGGAGCCAUUGAUGGCUGGAAGAAAGAGCUCAGUCCGGAGCUGAUCGCCGAUAUGGAUCGGUGGACUGAAAGUGUGGUUGAAGAGAAAUAUCGUUACUUGUUCAAGGUGUAA